AUGUUGAUUCCCAAGGCCGACCGCAAGAAGAUCCACGAGUACCUCUUCCGCGAGGGUGUCCUCGUCGCGAAGAAGGACUACAACCUCCCCAAGCACCCCGAUAUCGACACCAAGAACCUCUUCGUCGUCAAGGCUUGCCAGUCCCUCACCUCCCGCGGCUAUGUCAAGACCCAGUUCUCCUGGCAAUACUACUACUACACCCUGACCCCCGAGGGUCUCGACUACCUCCGCGAGUGGCUUCACCUCCCCGCUGAGAUCGUUCCUGCCACCCACAUCAAGCAGCAGCGCUCCCACGCUCCUCCCCGCGGCAUGCUCGGCGAGGGCGAGCGCGAGAGAAGGCCCUUCGGCGGCCGUGGCCGUGGCGAGCGCGGUGACCGUGAGGGUGGCUACCGCCGCCGUGAUGCUGGCGAGGGCGGCAAGGAGGGUGGUGCCCCUGGUGGAUUCGAGCCCCAGUUCCGUGGUGGCUUUGGCCGUGGCCGUGGCGCUCCCCCCUCGUAA